CCAAAUACCUGACACAAUGAAUGCUGUUGGUAUAUACGACACUGACGUUAACAGUCGUGUGUUUACGUCACGAGAAAGUUUCCGCCACUUUCUAGAAGAGAGUACGUCCACAUCUUCGUACAAAGGAUCAUUUCAGGAAGCGAUAAACAGAAAUUAUGGCACCUCAGUAUCUGGAAAGGGUGGUCAGGGCUUUCUUUCGGUUUCCGCUUCUGGAGGUGCAACGAGUUCAGGGAUCAGCAGUAAAAACUCUGCGGAUUCCCAAAACUCAAAAGGAGGGUCGAGCGCUAGUGGAUCGCAAAGAACAG